AGCAGCAGCAGCAGGGUCUAGUCCCGACCCAGGCGUCAACACCACUGGCCGAGGAGAACACGUUCCUGGAGGCGCGCCGUCGCAUGAUGGGAAUACCGGAGAACCCCGCCAACCAAGCCGUAUCGGCGCCCGCCGGUGCCGCUCGUGCCACAGACUCAGCCUCGACCCAACAACUGGCCUCGCGCUCACUACCCGGCGCCUCUGAGACCUCCGCCGCCGAGGGCAACAAGUCCCCACCCCAGCACGUUAUCGCUCCUGGUCGUGAAGGCGGCGGGGUUCUAGGCUCCGGCGACGUCGGCGUGGGACGCUCUGAUGUCCAUACCAACGGCGGAGGAGGAGGAGGAGGAGGAGGAGGAGGCGCAAGAAGAAGAGGUGGCGCACCUGUUGGGAAAAGGGGAGAGGGUCAGGCGGGCGGUGGCGGGGCGGCGGGGCCGCAACGGAAACGGCCACGGCAACAACAACGAUCGGGGCCUCCGGGACGGGCAACGGUCGGCGUCAGUGGCAGUAGCAGCGGCGGUAGCUCGGAGCGGACAAUACCCCAGCAGCACGAGCCGCCAGCAGCUCUCACGGCCGCUUUUACUGCCGCUGCGGCGGCCGCUACUCGUGGUGGCGGUGGCGCCGCCGCCGCCGCCGCUAGCAAAGAGCUUCUCUCGCUGCCAACAGCGGAAGCGGGGACAACAGACGCGAGCGCGGCGCCGAUGACCAUGACAGCAGCGGUGCCGCCGACGGCAGCAGCAGCAGCUAAUGGGGCGCUGGGCCUAGCCGCCACGGUAGCGAGCUUCUACGACGAGCUCCCCGGGAGCGUGGCCGCGCCGAGAGGGGUCGGCGGCGUGCCGGCGGUGUUGCCGUCUCCGAUCGCGCCGUCCGCUGUACUGCCGUUGGUGGCCGCGGCCGCCGCGGGUCCCCGUGGGGCGGUCCCGCUUACCGUUGCCGCCGCUCCAACGGGGAGUGGCGCGGGGCCAGGGGGCGGCGGCGGAGGCGUGGAUGGCGGUGGCGCCAGGGUGGAAGCUGGGGGAGGGCAGUCGGGGACUGGGGCGGGUGUAGUGGGGGGCGGCCGACCUCCAGGGAUUGAUUUGUCGCUGACGACCUUGCAGGGGGGCAUCAGUGGGUGGGGGGGAUUACCACGCGCGGACGAGACGGCAUUAGCCGGGGCGGGCAUCGGGGGGGUGGUUGAAACGGGAGGCGGCGGGGCGGAACAGGCCGGGGCCGGGGCCGGGGGAGUUGUGGCGGUCGGAGGCGUUCCUAACCCCCCCGGAGCGGGCGGUGGUAGCAGUCGAGUCGGAAUCUCGCAGCGACCCGGGGGGGGGGCGCCGCUGGUUGCGGGGGCGGCGGCGGCGGGAGGGGGGGCGGGUGGCGUGGCUAGCCAGCAGCAGCAGCAGGCCUAUAUCCAGACCAUGCUAGAGGCGCAGGUGCGGCAAAGGCAGCUCGUGGUGCAGCAGCAGCUGCAGCAGCAGCUGCAGAGGCAGGUGGCGCAGACGCACCAGAACCAACUGUUACAGGCUCAGCUGCUGGUCAGCCAGGUACAACAGACGCUCCGUCAUCAGGCUCAGCAGAUGAACGCCUUGUUCCAAACCAAGCAGCUGGCCCUCAAGCAGAAGCUACAGUCCGGGCACAUCACGCUCAAGCAGGCCCAGCAAGUAUCUCAGAUGCAGCAGACUCAGUUGAUGCACGCGAUGCAGACCCUUCAAGGGCAGGCGCAGGCCCAACAGCAGCAGCUUCUAGCGCAGCAACAGGUACAGCAGCUACAGCUUCAGCACUUGGGGCAGAUGCAGAUGCUCAAGUAUCAGCAGGCCCAGCAGCAGCAGCAGCAGCAGCAGCAGCAGCAGCAGCGGGCGUUCUCUUUCGGUUCGACCAUCGGAACCGCCGCCGCGCCGCAGGCACGCACAGCCCAACCGAGCCCGCAGUCCAGCCCCGUGUCCUCUGGCUUACCAGCCCCCGCCGCCUCCAGCGGCGAGGGCGAAACCGAUGCGAUGAAGUCCGGUGCGCCCGAUACAGCAACCGGUGGCAUUGGCAGCGGUAGCAUUGCUGCCGGCGCUGCUUCUUCCGCCGACGCGGUCACCGUCAGCGCCGGUGCCUCCACGUCCUCGAGCGCUGCUGCCACCGCGACCUCGCCGGAUAAUGCAGCCGCGGAAACGACUCCCUCAGUUGACGGGGCCAAGGGCGGAGCAGCGGCAGCGGAGGCCAAGGCAGAAGCGGCGAGCGGCGACGGCGGCGGCGUGGGUUCGGGGCCAGGGGGCGAGAGGGGGGGGGUGCCGAACACCCUGAUGCAGAACUUCGAGGCGUCUACGGCCGCGAACCGGAUGGCGACGGCCGCGGCCGCCGCGGGCGGCGGCGGCAGAGGCGGCGGCGGCAGAGGCGGCGGUGGUGGGGUGGACCUCGAGCAGCGGUCAAGUGGUGACGUUGACGGGGCUGCUGCUGGUGGUGCCGCGGUGAACGGCGGUGGCGGCGGCGCAGCUAGUGCGACGUUGAUGAUGAUGAACGUUGCCGGCGGGGGACCGUUCGCGCUCGGCGGCGCGGCCUCCGGCUCGGUUGGAGACGGCACUUUUCUCCCCGGCGUCGGCGGCGGGCGAUGGGGCAUGGGCGGGGGGGCGGCGGCCGGCGGCGGUGUUGCACAAGGGGGGGGCGCCGUCAACCCGCUCAUGAUGUCCUUGCAGCAACGCCAGGCUCUUCAGGGCGCCUUCGUUUCGCCGAUGUUGAACCCCCUCGCCUUUCCAGUACCAACGCAAGGGGCCCUUGGGACACAGGCGGCAUCGGUGGCGGCUGCGGCGGCUGCGGGGGUGCUGCCCGGUGGAAGGGGAGCGGCAGCAGUGUUUGGAGGAGGGCUUCCACAACCGAAGGCUGCCACCGCCGCGGCCGCUGCGGUAUCGGCACCGGCGUCGGCCGAUCUCCAUCAGCAGCGCGGGGCACAGCGAACCGCUCCCUCGGCGGCAUCAGCAGCGGCGACACAGGAGGAGGAGGAGGAGGAGGAGGAGGAGGAGGAGCAGGAAGAGGAGGAGGAGGAGGAAGAGGAGGAAGAGGAGGAGGAGGAGCGACGCGAAGAGCAGGAGGAAAUAGAGGGAGCUCCUCUGCCGCCGGUGUCGACGGUGGCGGCAGUAACGACAGCAAACCGCUUCUGGGCGGCGGCGGCGGUGCCGCCGCCGCAACACCGGCAGGCACCACCACCGGCGGCAGCAGCGGCGGCGGCGGCGGCGGCUUUGGAGCAAUCGCCGCUUUCUCCCAGGCCGCUCGACGACUUCGGAGAGGGUGAUGAUGGGUACGACUGGGGCGCCGACGGGGAGGAGGAGUUCAUGAGCAUGCUCAACCUGGCCAUGGAGGAACAGGCAAGAGGGGAGGGAGGGAGGGCUGACGCUGGAGGGUUUUAG